AUGGAGAAGUACAGCCAAUUCCGCGACAAAGCAAUCGCGCCCUUCCUCCCCGUCCCGCCCGCGCCUGCGAGUUUCCUCUGGACGCCUGUGUCGGUCACGUUGUUUCUCUGCCGCUUGCCCUUCCUGCUGGGUAUAUCGCUUAUAUACUUUUGCUUCUUGGAGUGGAUUCCGGUUGGCGGUGGAGGGUUGGGACAUGCAGUCAAGUACUGUGCGCUUUGGUUGAUGUUGGGGAUUCCGGGGGUUUGGUGGGUGGAUUUGCAGGUUGAUGGGGUGCGGAGGGGGCAGCUUCACACUUCCGGCGACCACCUCCCCCGCGCCGGCUCCAUCAUCGCAUCCUCGUUCACAUCUCCGCUCGACCCGCUCUACCUCGCCGCCAUCUUCCAACCAAUCUUCACCCGCUCCUACCCACACACCCGCAAAGUCGAGCGCAUAACCCUCUACUCCGCCAUAAAACUCGCCUUCUCCUCGCCCUCCCUUACACCCCGCGACCCAGCCGCCCUGGUGUCCCUCGCCGACCUCACCGCAUCCAACCCCAGCAAAAUCAUCUGCGUCUUCCCCGAGACGACGACGACCAACGGCCGCGGCAUACUGCCUUUGUGCCCGAGCCUGCUCAGCGCCGAUGGCAAGACGAAAAUCUACGCGGUCAAUCUGCGCUACGCGCCGCAGGACAUCACAACCCCCGUGCCAGGCCAGUAUGUAAAAUGGUUCUGGCGCCUCCUACACAAGCCCACGCACCAAAUGCGCGUGCGCAUCGCUACCAAGAUAUACAACUCCAAGACGCUGGAUCAGCUGGUCAAGGCGGCGGCGAGUGCGAGUGGGUAUGAUGCGAAUAUCUUCGAUGGGGAGGCGUUUCAGGAUGAGGACGGGGAGGUGAGCAGGGAUGAACAGGCGGUGCUUGAUCGCGUGGGAGAGGAUUUGGCGAGGUUGGGGAGGGUCAAGAGGGUGGGGCUCGGCGUGGAGGAGAAGGUGGGGUUUUUGAGGGUUUGGGGGAGUAGGAAGAGGUAG